UGACUCCGGAAGUGUAAUUGUUCGGGAAGUUUGGAGAAAAGGAGUUCUAGAUCUGGUUUUGCUUCUGGUUGUGGUCAUGGCUCUGGACUGGAUCGGGUUCAGCUAUGCUGUUCUGGUGUCAGCGGGAGGAAUCAUUGGUUUUGUGAAAGCAGGCAGCGUCACCUCUCUGGCUGCAGGGCUCCUGUUUGGCCUUUUGGCCGCGGUCGGUGCUUAUCUGGCAUCUCAAAAUCCAAAGAAUGUCUGGCUGUCACUGGGCACCUCAGGAACUCUCACUGUGGUGAUGGGACUGAGAUUCAUCAACUCCUGGAAGUUCAUGCCGGCAGGUUUAAUGACUUUAUUAAGCGGACUGAUGCUGGUGAGGAUCAUAACUGCGAUGCUGAACAGGCCUCACGAAUCCUGAACAUACUUCAAUGUAUAUUUUCUGUGUACAAAACAUGCAUUCCCCUCUGGCAAUUGUUGGAGAAAAGAAAUGAGAAAGAUUAUCUUUGCUCCAUUGUACAUAAACCCUCAAAGCUAAUUGUGUUUAAACCUAUCUGUGUACUUUUAUAAGAAAAUAAACUCUAUAUCUGCACUUUUUCACUCCUUCAAAAUAAAACAUUC